AGAUCGUGAACAAACUCCCGUGACACCACCCGGAAGUGACGCUGACGUCAAUAAGAAGCAGACACAAGCAACAGUGUGUAACGCAGCACAGUUCAUCCGUCUUUUAAUCUUUUAAAACAAAAAUACAACAUGUCUUCGGAUUUUGAAGCGUACGAGCAGGACUUUGGCACCCUCACCGCGGAAAUAACCAACAAAAUUGGAAGAAUACCCAAACUAGCCGGUGAGGAGAAGACACAGCUGGUUCUAAAUGUCGACAAACAGCUUGAAGAAGUCAGAGAGUUGCUCGAGCAGAUGGACCUGGAGGUUCGAGAGAUACCUAUUCAGAGCAGAGGCAUGUACAACAGCCGUCUGAAGAGCUACAAACAAGAGAUGGAGAAACUUGAGAAAGAUUUUAAAAGGUCACGUAUUGCCUACAGUGAUGAGGUGCGGAACGAGCUCCUGGGGGAUGAUGGGAGCUCCUCGGAGAGUCAGUUGAUAAAGUUACGUGAAGAGAGAGCACAUCUGUUGGACAACACAGAGAAGCUGGAAAGGUCAUCUCGGAGGCUGGAAGCUGGCUACCAGAUAGCGGUGGAAACCGAGCAAGUGGGACAGGAGAUCCUCACCAACCUGCACAGUGACCGUGAGAAGAUCCAGAGAUCCCGCGAUCGGCUGAGAGAGACGGAUGCUAACUUGGGCAAGAGCUCUCGGAUCCUGACCGGCAUGCUGAGAAGGAUCAUUCAGAAUCGUAUCCUGGUCUUCAUCCUGGGCGCCAUUAUCCUCCUCACCAUCAUCUUGGCCAUCUAUUUCAAUUUGCGAGGGCACUGAUCUCCACUGACUGGCCCUAUGCUUGCAUGUGUGAGUGUGUACGAGCGUGUGUGUAAGAUUAAUAGUGACAAAAGCGUUGGGCUGGAGUAAUUAGGACAAAUUGUUCACAUGAAUCAUUCCUGGUGGGCAGUGACAGGGGGCCUCUCCUCGCUGCUCUCGAGCGGAGCGGGACCAUUCUCACCCUCUCUCCCCUUAUAUUUAUGCUGCGUCCAUUACUUUUAAAACUUACCGACCCAUAGAGAAACCCUACACGGACGUGUGGACACGAGGACCAUGAUGAGAACAUCAGAUGGAUGAAGAACAUGGAGACGAACAUCAACGUAUGUCAUAACCUGCUGUUUAAUGUUUAGUUUUCUUUUUCUGCAAAGCUACUAGUAAAAUCCCAUCCAUCAGGUGUGUGUGUGUGUGUGAGCCGUGCACAAGGCAAGGCCCCCGGUGCAGUACCAUUUAGCACAUGGUGCAGAAUCACACACUACACACAGCCCAAAGGUCACGCGCCCGUCUCUCAGUCCCCCUUCAUCCAGGAUUAGUAGCUUCUCACGCUGUUCCUCUAAGGUCAGCAAAGACCUCGCAUGUGUUUAGUUAAACCAGCAGGACUGCUUUGAACAAGAAAACAUCCAUGUCCACUUUUACCUUUACUAAUCAAAUCUGACAGCAUGAUAGUAACUGUAGUCAGUCGUACUAAUAAGAAAUGUUUCUUGUAUUUAUUUGUCAUUUCAGAUGAAUUGUGAUGUAUUUUUUUGCUGUAACUUUCUUUCGAUUUAUCUGGAAUUUGUUUUAGCCAUAGCGUUUGACAUUAAAAUUAUAACAUUUGUCUCUACUGUACAAUACUGUUGCAAAUGUGCUUCAUUGUUCCUAUAGGGGGACCAACUAGCAAGCAUCAAUAUGGAAAUAUGCAGAAUUUGUGAGUCUGCUCCAGGCUUUCACCUGCUGGUUGAGUAUUAAUCUAUAAGAGAGAAGGUAACAGUGACUGUGUACUAAUAGUACAGUUCAUUUCUGUUAGUUUAUCUGAUUUUUAUGUGAGGAUUCCUUUGUAUUUUUUCAUAUAUUUAUGUGUUUAUUGCCAUACACUCUGGCUCAAUUCCAAACCCAGUGAGUUGUUUUGCUGUCUAAUGCAUAUGUAGGCAGUUGACAUCUAAGGCAGCAUCACUAGCUGAAAUGAAACCUCAUAAAUGACUGAUUCAAAACCCUCUACAUAGCAACUUUGAACACAUAGGAGACCAACUUCACAAUUGGUUUGAAAAAAUUUAUUGUUAGCUUGUAGGUAAGCAGUGUGUUAACAGUGUGUUAAAGGGAUGGUUCAUCCAAAAGUAAAAAAUUCUGUCAUUAAAUACUCAUCCUUAUGUUGUUAAAAACCUGUGAAACCUUCGUUCAUCUUUGGAACACAAAUUAAGAUAUUUUUGAUGAAAUUCUGACCCUGCAUAUACAGCAACACAACUAGCAUGAUUAAGGCCCAAAAAGGCGGCGACACGGAAGAGAAGAAAUUGUUGAAUAAAGUCAAUAUUUUUGUUUUCUUUGUACACAAAUGUAUUCUUGGUAGCUUCAUAAAAAAUGGAACCACUGAUGUCACAUGGACUAUUUUAACCAUGUCCUUGCUACCUUUCUGGGCCUUGAACGUUUCAGUUGCGUUUCUGUCUGUGCAGUGUCAGAAAGCUCUUGGAUUUCAUCAAAAAUAUCUUUAAUUUGUGUUCCAAAGAUGAAUGAAGGUCUUAUGAGGGUGAGUAAUUAAUGACAGAAUUUUCAUUUUUGGGUGAACUAUCCCUUUCAGCAUAAAGGUAAAUAAUAUUUAGUGUUUGCAAAUCAGUUAUAUUUAAAAUCAACAUUUCAUUUUGUUUGCCAUUUCAAUAUUAGCAUGUUGCUAAGCUAAUGACAAGCAUAAAGACAAAUAAUCCAUGCUAGUAAAUCGAGUUAGCAAUUUGCUAUGCUAAAUGUUGCUAAGCUAAUUACACAGUACUAUAAUAAGCAUAAAAAUACAAAGCACACAAAUAUUGGGUAAAAUGAACCAUUUUAAUUACAUUGAGCUACAACAGUAUUCAGUUGUCAGUGCAUUCUGCAAUUUCUUUUAUUCUUAGAAGUAUAUAUGCAAUUUUGUUUUAAAAUUUACGCAAUCGAAGGAAUCUUAAAGAUGGCAUAUUAUUAGGCCUUUCAGCCUUCACAUAGAGAGUGUGCAUAUAUGCUGCCUACGUAGGUGACUCACUAGGUUUUGGAUCACUGUGCUGAUUAGCACACCGCCGCCUCUCUUCCCACACCCCACGCUCAACACCCCUUCCACACGGGACGCAUGCGCACACCUCGGCCGGUCGCGGUGCCUGACGGACAGACAGACGGACCGUCAGACAGACAGGCAGACGGCAUUUGAUAUUCUGUUUCAGGCCGGGUGGAUUGUCUUAUUUUGGAAGCAGCCUGGUGGGGGGUUUUCUCUGCCUCUGCUUCACAGCUAUGGCUUCAAAGCACCAAAUUAAUGGCCAACAAAAUAGUGCGUCUCCGUGUGUCCCAUGUGGGGCCAACCUAUUGAGAGUUAUCAUUAAGUUGAGGAAGCAAGAGAAAGGACGAGGGGGAGCUGAAUCCCGCCAGUUUAACAAACCUCAUCAGAUAAUGACCUCUGUGAUUGGGUUUUGCAUCAAACGGAGGAGAGAAAUAGCGUAUGCGUUUAAGUGCGAUAGCGAUGAGAUUUGUUUGUCCUUAUUUUCUCACACGUAUGUGCGUGUGGGGGACGAGCAAGCGCGUUCGUUUCCCGCACCUGCGCGUGUGUAUGUGAGACAUCAGUCGGCUGUGCGUGUAAUGACUUGGAUGUGUGUUGGUGUGUUUUGCUGGCUCAGUCUGUGUGUGUGUGUGUGUGUGUGUGUGUGUGUGUGUGCGUUAUCUGUCUCUCGCUCUCUCUCUCUCUUUCUCUCUACCCGGGCCUGUCAGAUCCUCUCAGCAGUGUGUGGCUGGUGGAAAAGCAGCGUGGCUGCGGCUCUAUUUGAAGUUGUAAUGGUGUCAAAAAGUCAGAGCUGACUGACAGCCGUCAGUCCCACUGGGGCUCAUUAAAUCAUAACAACUUGACAAGGAAAUAAUUGAGCGCUGACGAUAAGUUGGGGCCCAUUUAGAUGUUUUUAUUUUCUUUCAUUAUUAGUUGUGGCUAUUAUGUUCAUUAAGAAAUUGCAUUAAACAACCAUUGGGGGGGCUAAUGAUUUGUUUAUAUCCCCUUUUUUAUUAUUUAAACAUUAGGUGUGUCACGUGACACCUUCGGCAGGCUGGCGUUAUCAUCUACCGCAUCUAUUUUUUCCCUUCGUUUUUUUAUUUUUUGCUCUUCCUUUCUUUUUAUCCUUCUUUUUCACCCUCUAUGCCUCCCUGUUUCCUUCCCUCCUUUCUCUCUCUCUAAGCAGCGGGUGCCUUUGGAAUAUGAAAUAGAUUAUUCAUUACCCUCUUCUCUGUAGCUGAUUUGGUUUGCGUGUAGUGUCUUCUAUGUGAGGAGGAUGAAAACUUGUCAAAAAUGGGUUAUAUCUUAUUCCGAGGGGCAACAAUAGUGGCAGUUACAGACACACUUUAAUAUUUCAUUAUGCCUGACGUUAACCCUGCUAAGUGACUUCGGCUAGCAGGCCUUUAGUGAGAAAGAGACUCUGAUUAGCUCCUAUCACAGAACAGGCUACAAAGAGGCAGGCAAGACCCACUGCGGUCACGGCAGAGAUGGGUGCUUGCUCAUGAUUUACUGACAUCUAGCUAGCUAGUUUAGCAUUUUUAGCAUCAUUGUGAUUUUUUUUUAUCUAAGUUCCACCCACCUUGUUUCAGUUUCUAAGUUAGAAAAACAUUAUAGAAGAUUUCAUUGGAAAAAAAAUUGGAGAUUUAUGUGAACUGGGCACAUUUUUUGUAAAGUGAUGAAAACUGAACAUUUUAUUUGCCUUAUUACUUUAAAUAAAUGCUUACAGUACUGUGAUUUAAAAGGCUGUAAAUGUUAAACUUUUAUUAUUUUGAGUAAUUUUUUUUUUUUUUUCAUUUUAAUCAUUUAACUAUCAAAGUUGGGUAGAAUUUCUCUCUUGAAUUUUAGUGCCCCUUAAAUUGACACUCAGUUGAUAUCACAUUAGCAGCCUGCAGAAAUGAGUGUCAGUGUUUGCUGACUGUGCUUUUUCUGAGGUUGCUGGAGAGCAUGAUGGGAGGUCCACAUUUUAAACUGUGCAUCUCUCUAUUUUUACUCGUUCACUCAUCCAGGGAUAAUAUUUCACCCUAUAGAUAAUACAGAUGGCUCUGUGUGUGUGUGUGUGUGUGUGUGUGAGUGAGUGAGUGUUAGUGUGUUAGAUUCAAGUUAGUGUAGGGAGAUCUGUGGCCUCUCUUGUUAAGCACAGUGGGAUAAUAGGUUUCCUUUUUAUUAUUCUUUUAAUUUAUUAUCUGGGUAACUGUGUGCAAUUGUACAAAUGUGUUGCACAAAUGCACACGACAAUAUCCUCAUUCUCCUGUGAAUAAUGAAUGCAGUUGAUGUGACAUGACAUCCAUCAAUUAUGUUUUCUUCUGGUGUGUCCCAUUAUGUGAGUGAAUACCCAUCAGUUGGAACCACGGAUCUGAUACCGUGUUUGCACUGUGGACUAUUGUGUGUCAGUGGGUGUGACUUUACAUGUGGCUGUUUGUUCCAGGCCAGAGACCCAGUAAUGAUCAGAAUAAUCUUAUGUUUGUUCAAUUGGUGAUUACUUUUAUGAAUAGUGUUUUCUGUAGAUAUACUAAAAGCUUGUCUAGGUUCAACACUGUCAUUAAAGCAGUAUUGUAUUUCACCCAUGCUGGUGUCCUUGCUCUCAUUAGACAUGUCAUUUUCAACACUUUUCUUCACAUGCCCGUUCACAGGCCGAUGUCUUGUAGGAUCCUUGUGGAACAGAAGAAUGGAGUUUAAGCACAGUACAUUUUACUUUUUAACCAGUCAAACCAC